AAUAUUUGCCAAAAACACUGCAUUGCAAUGGAGAGCUGAUGCAGUGGAGUUGUGAAGAAGGAAAGGAUGAAUUAAAUGAACAUAGCACAACACACAACAUAGCUAGCACUUUGCAGAAUCUAAAUUUUCCCUCUGGGUUCCCUGUGGCCUGAUGUUCUGAUGGUGGAUUUCGCGCCAAAACCUCGACGCCGGAGACGCGCGUGCACGAGGUGCGUUCGUCCUUCCCUCAGUCUUGGCGGCCAUGACAGUCGGCUUUGUUUUGCCUUUCCAACAUAUUUAAGGGUUUUACCUUGAAUAAUGCAUGAACGACCAAAAGCUUUGUGGUUAAAUAGUAUCGAUGUGUCGAAAAGACUGAGUUGGAUUUACCUGAGCGUCUUUGAGGUUCCUCAAAAUAAGUUAAGAUUACUUGUUACAGUCAAAUGAAACUGUUGAGGCAUGGACAAAACCGCAUCGAGCAACAAGACAGAAAAGCUAAAGAAAACCAGAAAACGGAGAUAUCACGAGGCAAGGAAAGAAAUCCUAACACCAAAAGAACAGACUGAUUCUAUCAUCACCAAACACAGAAUAACUAGAAACGUAGGAAUUUACAAUAAAGCCAAAAAGUCGGAUACCAUUUUGAGAGAACUCAAUGAAAGGAAAGUCAUAAAAAAGAACUAUCAAGACAUUGACCAGCAGAUGAAGAAAGACCUUUCAAAAGUUUUAGAUGUGUCCUCUUUCAGGAUUAACAAUCUUGGAACAUCAGCAGAGUCUCAAAAUUACAAAAACUUGCCAUCAAAUGUACUUGAUACCUGCUUGCCAACAGAAAGAAAUUCUCCACAUGAGUGUGUUACACCAAGUUUAUGUGGCUCAGCAGGAGAUCUUUAUCAAAGUUGCUCAGGAAGAAGAAGUAAAGGACUGGCAUUCAAGACGCCUUUGCAAGAAAUUUCAGAAAAUUUAAUUGACAGCCUACAUCCUGCCAAUACUUUUAAUGGUAGAAAUUAUUUUUCAGAGGUUAAAGAACAAAUUGUAAAAGUUUUCAAACAAUGCUCAGCCAAUCAAAUGAUUGAAAAACAAGGAAUUCAUUCAGCAUUACACAAAAGACUUCACAAAAGAAAAACUGGAGAACCAGCAAUGAAACCUGAUUCUACAAAACGUCUUUCACCUCAUUUUCCAAACAACACAUCAUUGACUGAGGAGCCCAAGAUGAAUGAAAACGUUAAUCCAAGGGACAUGAAACAGGAUGAAGACUACAAACAGUACAAACCAAAGAAGCCCUUGGAGAACCCAUCAUGUAAUGUUGAAUUGUUCAAGCAAAUAAAUGUCACUACCAACCAGAUGAUAAAUCAAACAUGUGAUAGAAGAGAAAAUCUUUCAUGCAAAAAUGUAGAACCGUUUGAUUCUAGCAGAGGAGAAAAACAAAGUCAAGACAGAACUUAUAGCAAGUUAGCCUCAACUUUUGAUAUUCUAGACUUUCUGGAUCAUACAAUACAGAAAACUACAAAUCAGAACACUAAAUAUUUUACUGAACAAAAUGAUAAAGAAUUGGAGUGCUUGGUACCACCCCUGAAUACAUCACUGAUGAAAAACACUACUUCAAGUUCAAUGUUUUAUAACACCAUAAAGAAACAAACUGAAAAUUCAACAUUUUUUCCUCAUCAAAAAGAUGAAGACAGAGAACUAUUUGAAAAAUAUUUUCCUGAAGUGUCACCCCUCAAAAAGCCAUCAUUAAAAACACCAACACCUCCAAGAUUUUAUAGGAGGAAAAUGUUUUAGUUCAAAGCUAUUUAAGAAAAAUAAAAUGAAUAUAUCCAACACAGUGCUAUUGCUGUUAAAAGUUUUAUUUCCUGGACUGAAAUUAAUGCUUGAAAUUAAAUUCUUUUUA